UCAAUAACUGCAGUGUUGUGUAAUGUCUGAGCUUGCCCAAACCAUGUUUUGUGAUACCAAAAAUAGUGUUGCAGUCAAAAUCUCACUAAAAUCAUCGAAGAAAUCAAAAUGGAAUGAACUAUUUGUCAUAUUACUGAAUUUGACGGAAUACAGCACCUGGAACGCCGUUAUUCUGAGUACAGUUAUUUUGAAUUAUAUUCUGGUCACCAUCAAUCUAACUCAUGCCCCAAGGAAGACAAUGGACUUCAUACCCUUUUAUGCCAUUUUUGACAUACUUUACCUUUGCAAUUUCACUAUCUUACUAUCGCAUAAAGUUGGGAAUGUUGCCAAGAUUCCCAUGAAGACCAUAUUUGUUCUUGUUCUAGACGGUCUUUCUAUUUUGCCGCAAAUUGCGCUCUUCAUACCACUUUUUGAAGUACGAUACAGCUUCUUUGUUUGCUAUUUUAGAACAACUACCUUUUUGAGACUUUACUACUUAUUUUUGAUGAGAAGAAAACUUGAAAUAUUUCAACAGAACCGUUUAUGUUGGAUUUUGAUUCAAUACUUUCUCACACUGAUGGUAUUUGCACAUACGACGAAUUUUAUUUGGUUUUUCAUUGAAUGUAGAAGUGACAAUUGUUCCGAGCAGAUUGCAGAUGUCAAGAGAUACUUUGAAGGUAUCGAUGAUGAUAUAAAAACCAAGACAGUGAACUAUUAUCGAACAAUGUAUAAACACUAUGAAAAAACAAACCAUCCUUCAAUUUUGGCCGCUCUGCCUCCAUCUCUGAAAACAGAUUUAAUACAUGACAUCAACUGUGGACUUUUGUAUCGAUCUAUGCUGUUGAAGGAUUUGCCGGAAUUUGUUUUGAGGAAAAUUUCCCUAGCCAUGAAGAGCGUUUACCUUCUUCCCGAUGAGAUGAUAUAUUCCCAGUGCGUUGUGAAAACUUGCAUGAUUUGUGUUGAAAGCGGUAUUUUGGAAGUUCUGAACGACGAAGAUGAAGAAAGUAGAGUGAUUGCGUUCACUCCUGGGACAAUAAUAGGAGAAUCGGCAUUAUUUCUCAAUACACCUUCGAAAGCAACUGUGAGAGCUGUCUCAUACACUGAAUUGAAGAUUUUAGAAAAGAAAGAUUUUCUGAAUAUUAUGAUGUAUUUUCCCGAAAUACUGAAGAAUUUGAAGCUUGAAAUAGAAAAACGCAUGGCAGAUGCUUUCAAAAAUAAAACGGCAGUUAAGAUAUUUUCUCCGCCGAAUUUGAAAAGAUUGAAAGUGAAAUUGCAAAAAAGUGUAGAGAAAGAAGUUGGAACUUCAGGAGUAGCUGAAUAUCCUAGUCUUUACAAGAUCGAUAAGACGACCUCUUUUGGAAUAAUCCCAAACAGAUUGCCAUUGUUGAAAUCUUGGAGCUUGAUAUACGCUAUAUCCCAAGCUAUCUUUUGCCUUUUAUAUUCAUUCAGCGUAGUUUUCAAGCGAACCGAUAUUUAUCACUUCCAAGUUUAUGGAAUACUUAUGGAUGUAUUGUGUAUCAUAGAUAUUGUUAUCCAAACUACAACUUGCAGAGUUUUUCAUGAAAACAUCAUCAUCAGUUUGAAAAAAACAAUCGACCAACGGCUCGAUAACUGGCGAUACAAUUUGGAUAUUUUCUCUGUAUUUCCCAUGGAGCUCUGGAGCAAUUUUUUUGAACAUCCUGUAGUGAGAAGUAGAAUGUACUACAUAUUUAAAUUGAAUCGUGUUUUGAGAUUGCAUAGAAUCAACGAAAUAAUCCAGGAUUUAGAAUGUGAAAUUCGAGGUAGAUAUUGCAUUGGAUGGAUUUUAAAAAUUCUCGUGUAUGGUCUCUUAUUUUGUUACCUUGUCGCUUGCAUUAUCCAUUUGUAUUCCUGUCCUUAUGAAAUAUGUGAAGAUGACAGUUGGUACCAGCUUCCUGUAAAGGGUUUCUCACUUCAAGAUGCUCUAGAGAUAGCCUAUAGUGAUAAUAUAGACGAAGUAUUUAUUGAACUACCCGAUCCGGACGUUUUGACAAACGUAGACUUGGGGGAUGAAGACGGUAGUAGAUUUAUUGACAAUUUAUCUGGCAGACAACUUAGAGAUCAAGCCGAAAUAAAACUCCUGGACAACACCAGAGUUG